AUGACAACUACACACGACGCCAAGGACGGUGCCGUCCACAUCGAGCGCCAGCCAGACCACAUCCAGUCCGACAUGUACGAGAAGCCAGAGGUCGAGGCCCCGGUGGCCGAGUACGUUGAGGGCUCCAUUGAGGAGAAGCGCCUCGUUCGCAAGAUCGACAUCCACCUCCUCCCCAUGCUGUGGAUCAUGUAUGUCCUCAACUACCUCGACCGCACCAAUAUCGGUAACGCCAAGGUCGGCGCCGACCAUGGCGGCUUCGAGGGAGACUGGAAUCUCUCGUCGGCCGACUAUUCGCUCAUCCUGUCCAUCUUCUUCGUCGGCUACCUCCUCUGGGAAGUGCCGUCCAAUAUGAUGCUCGCGCGCUCCAAGCCGUCCAUCUUCCUCCCGACCAUCAUGUUCAUCUGGGGCGCCAUGUCGAUCGGUGCCAAGGGCAUGCACAGCCUCGGCGGCAUGGUUGCGUUCCGCUUUGUUCUCGGUCUUGUCGAGGCUGGUUUCUUCCCCGGUGUCAUGCUCCUCAUGUCGUGCUGGUACAAGCCUCACGAGCUGUCGAAGCGUAUCGCCCUGUUCUACACUGCCUCUCUCGUUGCCGGUGCCUUUGGCGGCCUUCUCUCCUUUGGUAUCAUGGACGGACUCGAGGGCAAGGGCAACACCCGUGGUUGGCAAUGGCUCUUCAUCAUUGAGGGUCUGAUCACCGUCGUCGUUGCGUGUGCCGCCUUCUUCGUUCUCCCCAACUACCCGACCACGACCAAGUGGCUCAGCGAGGACGAGAAGCGCCUCGCCACUGCCCGCCUCCUCGCCGUCCAGCGCGAAGGUGCGGAGGAGGAGCCGCACAUGGGUCACUGGAUGGCAUUCAAGCUCGCGUGCAAGGACCCCAAGACCUGGGUAUUUGUCCUCAUCUACAACCUCUUCAACAUGGUCGGAACAAUCUCGUACUUUUUCCCCACUCUCCUCGGCUCCAUGGGCUACAAGGGUAACAUGCGCCAGCUCAUGACUGUUCCCAUCUACGUCGUCGCCCUCAUCAUCUCGGUCACUCUUGGUUUUGUGGCCGACAAGACUCGCCAGAAAGCCUACGUCGUUGCCGGCGGCGCAACCCUGGCUACCAUCUCGUUCAUCAUCGUCGCUGCCGUCCCCAACAACCAGGUCAAGUACGCUUUCCUCUGCUUUGGUGGCGGUGGUGUUUGGACUUGCGUCCCCGUCUUCCUCUCGUGGAUGGUCACCAUGUUUGAUGGCCGUGAGAAGCGCGCCGUCUGCAUCGCCCUCAUCAACGGCUUUGGCAACACUGCGUCGAUCUAUGGCUCAUUCUUCUGGCCAAAGCACACCGCUCCCAAGUACAUUAUGGGAUUCAGCCUCACCACGGCGUUCUCGGGUGUCGCCCUCAUCACCGUGCUCGCCGCCAAGUACUUCUUCGGUGACAAGGGUGUUGCGCGCACCUCGUAA